CUUUUGGUACAAAGAAUCGGUUUAUUGUAGGACCGCAGAGUAUUUAUUGUGAAUCACCAAAAAAACUACCAAACCGAUAAUGAAUUCCCAACAUCAUGAUGUUUCUGUAAGACCUGAACUACUGGAGGAAAUUAAACUAUAUAAAACAGCUCAGGAGAGGGAGAAAUAUGAUAAUCAAGCAGAGCUAUAUGCUGUAAUAAAAACAUUACAAUGUCUGGAAAAAGCUUAUAUAAAAGACAGUGUUCUGCCAAAAGAAUAUACUGCAGCCUGCUCCAAGUUGUUAGUUCAAAACAAAGCCGCAUUUAAACAAGUUAAAUGUGAAGAAUUUCCAAAUGUUGAGUCAUUUAUGAAGAGUAUGAGAUUAAAUUGUCCCGCAGCUUUAGAACGAAUAAAGGAGGACCGACCCAUAACGAUUAAGGAUGAUAAAGGUUCAACCAGUCGUGGUAUUGCAGAUAUUGUGUCAUUAUUUAUCACCGUUAUGGAUAGAUUAAGAUUGGAUAUAAGAGCCUGCGACGAAUUAUUACAUGAUGUGACUGACUUGCAUUCAACGAUGAGUAGAUUGAGCAUGAUCCCAUCAGAUUUCGAAGGAAAAGUAAAAGUGGACGAAUGGUACAGAAUACUACGAGAUAUGAGUGCUCACGAAACUUUAGAUGAAAAUCAAGCGAGGCAAAUGAUCUGCGACUUUGAAGCAGCUUAUGCCGCUUUCAAUAGAUUGUUGCAAAGUCAUUAA